AUGGUAUCCUAUAUAUCAGCCGGUGGAUAUGCUCUCCAGCAACCAGAUCUCUUCAGUGCCAUAAUAUCCAAGAACGUUGGCUCCUACCGGGGCGUGGAGAUAACUCCACAGUAUCAAGUACUUCCUUCUAAAGAGAUGACGGGAGAGUCGCCGGUGACAAGCCCGGCGCUCGCCCGCCGCAGCGAUCUUAAUGGCCACGAAGCUGCGGCCUUCCACGAGCAGAUUUUGCAGCUGAAGAAGCAACAGCAGCUUCAACAGCAGAUCCUGCUUCAACACUUCCAGGUCCAACAGCAGCAGCUCGCCGAGCAGCAUGAGCAGCAGCUGAGGCACCACCUCAAGGAGCUUUGGGAAAAGCAGAAAGCUGCCGAGGAACAAGAGCGUGAGGCGAGAGAGAAAGAGAGACUUGAUAGCCUGAAGAAGAAAGGAAAACACGAGCAGAGUGCUGUUGCCUCCUCAGAAGUCAAACAGAAAUUACAGGGUUUCCUGUUGAACAAGAAGCAGCGUGAAGCUGCUGCGGCUGCAGCAAAUGGUGCUGCGCCGACACCUUCUGGUCCCCAACCCUAUCGCAAUUGGUCGGUGGUGCAGCAGACCCCCGCCAUUGAGAAUCCUCCAGGGCAGGGUAACCCUUACCGGCUGAAUCCCCUCCUCACCAAGUACGAAGAUGAGUACCCGCUAAGGAAGACAGCAUCCGAGCCGAACCUGCUCAAAGUGCGGCUGAAGCAGCGAGUGUUCGAGCGACGAGCAAGCCCCAUCGCUCGCAGGAAGGACAGGCACCUCAAACGGAAAUCCACCCUUGCAAUGGAAUCAGGUAGCAGUAAUCCUGACUCUGGUCCCAAUUCGCCUCCAGUCCACGCCACCCAACUGUCGCCACCCGCAGGUCACACAACUCCGAUACAAGAGGAAGGAGAACCAGGCUACGGCCAGACUUCUGGCCAAAGUGGAAGCCUCUCUGACGUUUCUGCUCUGUAUAGCAGCCCAUCGAUGCCAAACAUCUCCUUGGGUCGUCCACCGAACUCAGCUGCUUCCGAUGGCAAUAAGUUGGCCUCCGUAUCCGAAGCCGAAGUGAGAGCUGCAUUUGCCGCCAGGCUCGGUAUGCCUCUCACAGGACAGAUGUUGCCAGGCACCCUGCCUUUUUACCCAACGCUUCCAGUGAUAGAUGCAGAAUACAGUAAUCCUACCUCUCCAAGUUACAUCCAAAAGCAAAUGCAAAGCCUAGAGCAGAAUAGGCCUCACCUGCAGACCAUUUACCACGCACCGCCUCCCAUCACAGAUGCUCAGGUGGCCCACGCCAGGCUGAACAAAGCUGGUCACCGCCCGCUGGGUCGAACCCAGUCGGCUCCAUUGCCGCUCGGACACCCAAUGCUCAACACCAGCCAACACCACAGCACCAUUGUUCACUAUGAGGACAGCUACCGGGAACAGCCCUCUAUCACCAGUAAUUUACUCAAGCAGCAAAUCCGACAAACAGUCCUGACAAGGGUUGGAAGCAGAGCACAAUCUCUGGCCAACGCUCACCUUGAACACACUCCAGAAACCGAUGACACUGCAGAGGUGAUUGACCUGACUGAGAAAAGCAGCAGGAGCCGAAGCCAGGAAGAGGAUCAGGAUGGACGGAUGCCUUGUGAUCUGUCGUCGAGGGAGGAAAACCUGCAGGAACAGCGAGACCUGAUGAUGAGGCAAGGGUCAAGGGUCAUCGGUCGACCACUCGCAAGGGCACUCUCUUCACCCCUCGUGGCUCUCGGCCCUGACAGCCAAGCUGUGUCGCCCAAGCUUACAGGGAGUCCACAAAGGUUGACAACUGGACUGGCAUUCGACUCAGGGAUGCUAAAGCACGCUUGUAUUUGUGGCGAAAACGGCUGGCAUCCUGAGCACGGUGGCAGGCUGCAAUCUGUCUGGGCGAGGUUGUGUGAGACUGGGCUAACAGCACGCUGUGCCAGGGUCAGGUCGCGAAAGGCCACCUUAGAAGAAAUACAGACCUGCCAUUCCGAGCCCCAUACCCUCCUCUUUGGAACUAAUCCAUUGAACAGACAGAAGCUGGACAUGUCUAAGUUGUCCCAGUUGCCUAUCAAAAGCUUUGUGCGACUGCCAUGUGGUGGCGUCGGCGUUGACUCGGACACAACCUGGAAUGAUAUCCACACAGCCCCUGCGGCCAGGAUGGCUGUUGGAUCUGUUGUUGACCUAGCAUUUAAAACUGCUGCUGGUGACAUUAGAAAUGGUUUUGCUGUUGUGAGGCCACCAGGACACCAUGCCGAAAUAUCGCAAGCUAUGGGCUUUUGUUUUUUCAACUCUGUCGCUAUCGCUACAAAGCUUCUACAACAGAAACUUGAUGUUAGAAGAAUCCUUGUUGUAGACUGGGACGUCCACCAUGGCAAUGGAACCCAGCAAAUGUUUUACGAGGAUCGCCGGGUGCUCUUUGUAUCCCUUCACAGGCACGAUGAUGGCAAUUUCUUUCCUGGAACAGGAGGCCCUACAGAAUGUGGUCUCGGUCCCGGUCUCGGCUACACUGUCAACAUCGCAUGGUCAGGAGGCCUCAAUCCACCGAUGGGCGAUGCCGAGUACCUUGCUGCAUUUAGAACUGUUGUGAUGCCCAUAGCCAGGGAUUUUUGCCCAGACCUAGUUAUGGUAUCUGCGGGUUUUGAUGCUGCACAUGGUCACCCAGCUCCCCUCGGAGGUUACAAAUUGUCACCUGCUAUCUUUGGUUGGAUGACCCAGCAGCUGAUGCAGCUUGCCGAUGGAAAGGUCGUACUAUCGCUUGAAGGUGGCUAUGAUUUGCCUGCCAUCUGCGACUCUGCAGAGGAAUGCGUCAAGGCUUUGCUUGGUGACGAACCGUCUCCUAUAAGCCACUCUGAAUUGAUAAGACCGCCUUGUCAAAAUGCUAUAGAUACACUGCAGAAAACAAUAGCCAUACAGCUGAGCCAUUGGCCAUGCCUCAAGGAGCUCGCCCACACCGUCAGCUACCCAGAGCUCCCUGAGGCUGAGGAGUCCGCAGUCACGGCUACGAUGGCUUCCCUCUCGAUGCAGCAUCAGAACUCUCACCUGCCACAAUCUGAGACAUCACACGAAGGCUCUGUGGAGCCAAUGGAGGAAGAUGAGGUUAAGUGA